AUGCUCAUCCAUUUCGUUAGCGAUCCUCCGUCUUAUUGGACGUAUCAACAACCGGACAAGGAUGAGAAAACCAAGCGGCUGGUCGAGUCGAAGCUCCAAAAGGUUUUACGCAGGCGCUACUUUGACAAGGACCAAGACGUCCUAUCGCUGAUGUCGUACUUCCACGUCCCUAAGGGAAAAGACGACAUCAGGAUGGUGUACGACGCCACCAAGUGUCAAUUAAACAAGGCCAUCAUCAUUCCAGGAUUCCCCAUGCCCACGAUUGACACUCACCUCAGAGCUGUCGAAGUCGGUACACACAUGUGCGACGUGGACAUCGGGGAGAUGUUUCUCAACUUCAUGAUGCACCCAUCUCUCAGGCCGUACUGUGGAGUCGACCUCACACCCUACGACUUGGAUCUGAGCGAGGUCGGACCUCAGCCCAGCUCCAAGCACGUGGUGGUUUCAUGGAAUCGAAUCGCCAUGGGGCUCACUUGGUCUCCCUACCAAGCAGUGCUGUCCAUGCACUUUGCGGAAGAAGUCAUGAGAGGAGACAGAACGGACAAAUCCAACGUAUUCACUUGGGACAAGGUUCGGCUGAACUUGCCCGGCAUGGCGUCGUACACUCCGCAUCUGCCGUGGGUCUCGAAAGUCAGAGGCGACAAAGACAAAGUUGCAGCGGACGUCUUCACGUUCGUGGACGACCUCAGACCAUGUGGAGCUGACGCCAAGGAGUCAUGGAGCGCAGGCAGAAAAGCAGCAAGCACUAUCAACUGGCUGGGAUGUCAAGAUGCUCCUCGAAAACGGCGAGACAGCAGGCCAGAUCCAGGUGCUUGGGCAGGGUGUGUACUUCGGACCCUGAAAGGUGUUUUCACUCUGGUCAGCGAUGAAAAAUGGGAGAAACUCAAGUGGCAUCUCUCGAACACGGAAGCGAUGAUCGUCGCCGACCCAGACCGCCUGGAGAGCUCCGAACUGCAACGGGUGCGCGGAUUUCUUAAUUACGUUGCACAGACUUACAAGGCGUUGGUGCCAUUUAUCACAGGUUUCCAUCUCACGAUCGACGGAUGGCGUCCCAAUCGAGAUCUGCGAGGUUGGAGGCUGACCUCCAAGCAGGCCCCAAUCGCUGAGAAGGACUAUCCAGCCGCUCCCAAGUUCGUCAAAGCCAAACCACGAUUAAUCAGCGAUGUAAAGUGCCUGAUUGUCCUAUGCAGCUCGCCCAAGCCGCCUCACCGCCGGGUGAGACCGCUGAGGACUGCGGUCGUGUUCUACGGCUUCGGCGACGCUUCGGGCUCUGCGUUCGCUGGAACCAUCGCUCAGCAGGGUAGCCUCCAAGUGGACUUCGAAUUCGGCCAGUGGACCGAAAAGGACGUUGAAGAGACCUCCUCGAACUGGAAGGAGCUCACAAAUUUGGUUGAGUUCAUUGAAGAAAGGGCGAGAAGUGGGUCCAUCCGUGACGCGGAGCUCUUCAUGUUCACGGACAAUUCCACGGCAGAGGCUGCAUACUGGAAAGGCUCCUCCAAGUCCCAACUGCUGCUGGAUUUGGUGCUUCGGCUCAGGAUGGUCGAGCUUCAUUUCGGUCUACUCCUGCACGUUGUACACGUAAGCGGCAAGAGGAUGAUAGCUCAGGGCACUGAUGGUUUGUCACGAGGCAGCCACGGUACAGGUGUCAUGCGCGGCGUUGACAUGAUUAGUUUCGUGCCCCUACACCAGACAUGCAUUGAACGCUCCCCUGCGUUUGGCGAAUGGUUUUGGGAUGUGGUCUCUGGAGCCAAGCCGACCUUGCUGACGCCGGAAAAUUGGUUCGAGAAUGUGCUAGGACACGGUGCCCAUGUAUGGUUCCCUCCUCCAGCUGCGGCAGAUGUGGUGUCGGAGCGAUUGCGAAUUGCAAGGCACAAGAGACCCAACUCCUUGCAUAUUGUUGUGGUUCCCAGGCUGAUGACGGGCAGGUGGAGGAAGCAGCUCGGCAAGGCCGCCGACGUUUACUUCAGGCUCGAACAUGACGCUUGGUGGCCAAUCAAGAGCCAAUUCGAGCCCUUACUAAUGUUCGUCUGCCUGCCAUACCUUGUUCACAGGCCUCGCUUCGAGCCCAGACAGGGUUUGGUUGAGCGAUUUGUCCGGGUGCUGUGCCGUGACAACUUGCCGCAAGCUGAUGAGCAAGUUCAACGGGCUCUUCUGCGCAAACUUUUCGGCGAGGCGCGGGCCCUUUGCGCCUUGUAA